GCUGCUGAUCGGUUCGGGAACGCAUUGAGCCAUCGUUCGCAGCAGGAAUCGGAUUUCAGUCAUGUGGACCAAGUCAAGUGCUGUCAUCGUUGCAAUGGCGCUGCUAGCUUCAACUGGCGCCCAACCGGUGAGCCAGACGGGAAUAGAAACGAUGCUCACCAAUGUGACCACAAGCAGACCCAAGCUGGUGAUCGAGGAGAUGGAACCGAUGCGUUAUCACUUCAUCACCGAGCAUCGACCCACUUCGCUGGGUCAGAACUACUACAUCAAGCCGGGUCAGCCGGUGGGCAGUGUUACCCUGGACUCGGACACCCUGCAGGUACGACACGACCAGGAUGACGGCAAGCCGGUGGCCAGCAAGCACAACAUCCUGUUCGUGGCCUACGCCAAGGAUCUGGCCCAAAAGUCCAGACAGCGGAAGUGAGAACUAUGCUUCAAUUGAUUUGAAAUUAAAGGAAGAUACUGAAUCAACAUAUCUUGACAAAUUGAACCCACAAGAUACGUAGUGAUUUAAAUCUUAAGAUACCUUAAGAUACAUAUGUCUUGAGCUUCACUAGUUAUAAGUUUUCACUGAGCACAAAUUAAAUAAUAUAGCACAUUUUCUCAAAUACCAAACAAAAUGCACAG